AUGACGCUCCAAAAGAUCGACCAUCAAUUCCAACAUCCGAAACUCUCCUACGAUGCGAAGCCAAAUUAUCAACCAUCUGUGAAGCUCAGCUUCUACUUCAGCAAAUUACCUGACGUAUCGGACGAGCAGUUUCAUCGCCACUGGGAAACCGUCCAUGCUGAUCUUACCGUGGCUGCCAAAGGCUUCAAGGCGUGCAAGAUACAACGUUACGUGCAAGUCCAUCAAACUGCAGAAUGGAAGGAGAGGGCAAAGAGCCUAGGCCUGGUCCACCUUGACUUCGAUGGUUGCUCUGAGAUUUGGGUCGAGACUUGGCAAGAUUGGAUGGACUUCUUCAAUUCUGAGGAGUAUGCCAAAGUGAUGCAGCCGGAUUGCCCGCGCUUCAUGGCUUUCCCGAUCUCCGUCUUUGUGGGAGAGGAGAAUUUAAUCUACGGGGAAGCACUACCGGGCUUAAAAGGGGCAGAUGGUGUGACGAGCUCAACACUGCAGACCCGAGAGUAG